AUACGUAUCAAAACGUCAUCACCGACGAGUUUCUUUUGUACUCACUUGGAGAAAAAUUUCGAAUCAGCUGCAUUACUGUGUUCACAGUGUUUUCUAACCAAAAACAAAGUAAAGUUUCGCUUUCACUUUUGAUUAAAUUGCAAUCAUUGAGGAAUACCAAGAUGCCGUCAAUAAUAAAUAGUAAUCUUGAGCCAAUGUUUAGUAGUAAAAACAACAAGCAACGCUCGACUUCAACUUCGUCCACCAUGACGAAUGAAUCUUACUGUAUCUCUCUCGGCGUAGGGCCUCUGUGGUGGUCCGAUGUCAAUCACCACAGAUCAGAUCACGAUAGGGCGUCACUCUUAACAGACUACAAUAAUCGCAAAACUUCAGUGGACUCGACCACUUCAUCCGAGUUCUCUGACAUUGAUUUUUCAUCAGCCUAUGAUGUGUCAUCCGACAAGACCGAUAUUACCGAUGAAGCAUCAUUUGAAGUAAAAAAAAUCCUCCACCAAAAGAAACCCAUCAAAAUCACCAUCAAACUCAAUGUUACUGACACCACAUUCAGCGUGUGGGAAACCGUUUUGAAUCCGGACAACAACACCUUGUACGUUGCAUUACCAACCGUUUUACUACCAGAAGCGUCCAAGCAAUCAUUCAUCACAUUGUUGGAAUUUGCCGAAGAAAAAUUGGACGUUGAUGCUGUUGUGUUGUGCAUGCGUAAAGAUCGUCUCGAUCGUCCAAAUUUGGUCCGAACAUUUUUGUUCCUUGGUUUCCAACCGUUGAGCCCGAAAUCACCAUUGGCUCCACCACAAAAUUCCGACAACAAUCUAUUUUUGAUCUACAACAUUGAGGAGUAAAAACCAACAGUAAAAAAUCACUUCAAAUAUUGACGAGAAUUGUUAUGAACAUCUGACAUUUUUUCUGUUUUGUUUGUUUUUUCAUAGUUUUUAGUUUUUAAAUUAAUAUCGUAAAAAAGAAAAAAAAAUGUUCUCUUGUCAAUAAUAAUAGUAAAUGCAUAACUAAGGAUUGAUGAAAAAUUUGAUGAAAAUAUUAAUCAUUAAAAUCACAAAAUAUAUUCUAAUAAAAUUUAAUCAAAUGUGCGAUUCUUGUAGUCAGAGUAACUUCAUACCGUAAGAAAAAAAUAAUUGAAAAAAUCCAAAAAAAGUAUAAAAGUGGCACAAAAAAACAAAAAAAAUGAAAUUAAUGAAAAUCAUAUUAUAUUUAGUGUUAGUUCUUAGAGAAUUUUAUUAAUAUUUUGUCACCACUUUAUUCCGUAGGACGAUUUUUCCUUUUUCAUUUUGAUAAUCCAAUUUUUUUUUGUUUAACUUGAAGAAUAACAAUGAACCACACAAGAAAUUUUUUCUACUUUGAAAUUAAAAAAAAAGUCAAAUGCCGAUUGCACUUGUGCUUAAAAAUUUAAAUAAAAAAUAAAAGAAGAAAAUGAAGAAAAAAAAAACAUUUAAGUAAACGGCUUGAAAUAAAACUGAACCUUUUUAUCACUUAACUAAUUUUUAUCGAUCAAGUUUUUUUAAAUAAAAUAAAAACUGCAACCGAAUCCGUCUUCAGACUAACAACACACUUAAAAGAUUCUCUCCUUUUUUUGUUUUCAUUUUUUUUUAACUUAACGAUAAAAAAACUUUUUUUUUGAUUUUUUCUUUUUUUUUGUAUUAAGAAACAAUAAGCUGUGUAAGAUAUAUAAUCCGUUUAAGGACAAAACAAAGAACCGAAAUUUAACUUGAUGGAUAUCCUAAAUGGAUUGGAAUAGUAUAAAUUGACUCAGACUAAAAAAAAACUUUUUUUUAUGGAUCGUUGGAUCUUCAGCAAUUUAAUUUAAAAAAUAAAUUUUUUUAGUUUUAAACUGUUUUUCGAAA